UAUUAAUCGAACAAGCGCGAACGUCCCUGAUAGGCUAACUUACACAGUUUCCAGGGCAACUAUACAACACAAUGGUUUCAUUGAGGAGUCUUGAGCUGUCGUAAACCAUGGAAGAGGAAGAAGUAGGUGCAAAGACUGAACUUGACUCGGAGGCCCACGAAAAGUCCACUGCAGACGAGAAUCCUCUGCCGGAUGCUGGGCAGACAGCAGAUGACGGAGAAACAGUUGUCGACCAAAGUGUAAAUGCAUCAUCCACUGCUGAAAAUGGAAAUGAACAAGAUAUGACAAGCCAUGACACAGGUGAAGUUGGGGCAGAAGGGGGGGAAAUGCUGCCUACCAGUGAAACAUUUGACGAGGGUGACGGUCCUGAAAUCGAACCUCUCAUAGGAGAACCCCUUUCACGGGAAGGGAGCAUCAAAGGGGAGUACGAUGAUAACAUUUCAGAGCUUGAUGGACCUCCACAAAUAGAGCUAGGGACGCCAGAGGGAAAUAGCACCCGUUCUGACGCAGGGAGCACCGAGUCCAAUGAGGAGGGGACAGAGGAGAGGAAGGGAGAUGAUGAAGAAGACCCUGGCCUUGAUUACUACAUCAAUGUCCUGGAGGAUCUUAAUACUGAGAGGGAAAGGAUCAAUCAGACAAACACACAGCUGCAGUUUAAACUCUGUGAGUAUUUCCGGCGCAAGACUGGUGAGGACCCAAAACCAGAGAGGGAUAGGGGCAAGGCGGUGUCAGACCAAGAACAGCGAUUCCUGAAGUACUUGGACAUCAUGGAGGACCUGAGGAGCCAGUAUCGCCGUGAAUCGGAUCAGCACCAGCAGCAGGCUGAGGAGCUGCGACAGCAGGUUCAGAAUAAGCUGGAGCAGGUGGAGUCGGAGUGGCGCACCUUCAUGGAGCAGAAGCACAGCGUCGCCGUGGCCGUACUGAGCCGGCGCAUGGGCAAGCAGGCGGCACAGGCCGAGGUGGAGCAGAUCCAGGCCUCCGAGCAGCGGCGAGAGAAGGAGCUGGUGACUGUGCGCCUGGAGAACAUCAAGCUGAAGACCAAGACACGCAAGUUCGAGGCCGCCCUGCGCGCCAAAGAGGAGCUGGCCGAGGGCCUACACCUGAUCGACUUUGAACAGCUGAAGAUAGAAAACCAGACCUACAACGAGAAGAUAGAGGAGCGCAACGAGGAGCUCCUCAAGCUCCGCAAGAAGAUCACCGGCACAGUGCAGGUGCUCACGCACGUCAAGGAGAAGCUGCAAUUCGUCCAGGUUGAGAACCAGGCCAAGCGCGUCCAGCUGGCGGACGUGGAGGCCCGGGUGGCGCAGAAGAGAGACACGCUGACGCGCACCAAGCAGGCCCGAGACAGCCUGCGCAUGGACAACCUGCGUCUUCGCCAGAGAUGCGGCCUGCUGGGGAACGAAACACUGCUGAGGGACUUUGAGGAGACGGUGGACUCUUCUGAGGGCCUGGAGCAGAGGCUGGAGAUGCUGAAGAGGCGACAUGCGGAGCUCAUCCUCAAGUGUGCUGGUGUCAAGAAGAAACUGGAGCAGACAAAGCUUGUUGGACAGUCACAGUGAGACAUGUGGCCAUAGCAAAACAGAUAAUAGGCCCACCUUUCAAACUUUUUUUUGACUAAUGCAGUUCAUGUCAGGAACAUUGUUGUGUGGAUGUCCUUACUUGCUAUUUAAAAAAGAGACUGCACUGGGUUUGUUUGUUGUCCUUUGUUAAUAUUUACAAGGGAAAGUUUUUCUAAAGAACAUUCAUAAUACAAAAAUUAAACAUGUUUAGGCCUACUUUAAUUUCUAAAAUAGACAUCAAAAAGCAUUUUGGAAAUGCAUAAAAAAUGAAGCGUUUUAAAGUUCAGUUGACAAUUAAACAAACCUUUUAAAAUAAACA